UGUGCUCACGCUCAUGUUUUGAUGCAAUUGGAUUCCAGAAUGGCCGAAUCUGAAUCCCAGUCUGAUUUCUUGAAGAACUUCUACAUUCCUUCUUACAUAAUUGAUGGCGAUGUGGAGAAUGAAAGCAUCUCGGAUAUGCCUACAUGUCCAGUGUUAGUCUUUAUCAACUCAAAGAGCGGUGGUCAGUUGGGUGCAGACCUCCUUGUGACGUUCCGUAGCAUUCUCAAUGAAAAGCAGGUUUUUGAUUUGGGGGAGGAGGCACCUGAUAAGGUGCUGAGUAGAAUCUAUGUCAACCUGGAGAAGCUUAAGAAUGAUGGAGAUGAAUUUGCUAAAGAGAUUCAGGAGAGAUUGCGAAUAAUUGUUGCAGGAGGCGAUGGAACUGCUGGGUGGCUUCUUGGAGUUGUUUGUGAUCUCAAAUUAUCCUACCCACCACCAAUUGCUACAAUGCCUUUAGGAACUGGGAAUAAUCUUCCCUUUGCUUUUGGCUGGGGGAAGAAAAAUCCUGGAACCGAUCGCCAAUCUGUGGUGUCAUUUUUGGAGCAAGUAAUAAAAGCAAAGGAAAUGAAAAUAGACAACUGGCAUAUUCUAAUGAGGAUGAGGAUUCCGAAUGAAGGUCCUUGUGAUCCUAUUGCUCCUUUGGAGCUACCACAUUCUCUGCAUGCAUUUCAUCGAGUUUCUUCAACAGAUGAGUUGAACGUGGAAGGUUAUCACACAUUUCGCGGAGGAUUCUGGAAUUACUUCAGCAUGGGAAUGGAUGCUCAAAUAUCAUAUGCAUUUCAUUCUGAGAGGAAAUUGCAUCCUGAAAAAUUUAAAAAUCAAUUAGUUAACCAGAGUACUUACGCCAGGCUUGGUUGUACGCAAGGAUGGUUUUUCGCUUCUCUCUUCCAUCCUGCUUCACGAAAUAUAGCGCAGCUUGCAAAGGUGAAAGUCAUGAAAAAACAUGGUGAAUGGCAAGAUCUCCACAUACCUCCCAGCAUCAGGUCAAUAGUGUGUCUGAACUUGCCAAGUUUUUCCGGUGGUCUGAAUCCUUGGGGAACACCAGACAGCAGGAGAAUGAUUGAUAAGGAAUGGACUCCGCCAUAUGUAGAUGAUGGGCUUCUAGAGGUUGUUGGUUUCAGAGAUGCUUGGCAUGGACUUGUUUUGCUUGCUCCAAAUGGACAUGGGACCCGCCUUGCCCAGGCAUACCGAAUCCGCUUUGAGUUUCAUAAAGGUGCAGCAGACAGUACAUACAUGAGAAUUGAUGGGGAACCCUGGAAGCAACCACUGCCAGUUGAUGAUGAUACUGUUGUGGUAGAAAUUUCUCAUCUUGGUCAAGUAAACAUGCUUGCCACCCAUGAUUGCAGGUCCAAAAGUGUCCAUGAUCCCUCCUCACAUGGCCAUAGCCAGCAUGAUGCCGAGGAAAAUGAUGAGAAUGAUGAAGACUCUGCGGAGGAUGGAGCAGAGUUUAGGAAGUUUGGAGCAGCUGACACAUUCAGGAUCCCGGAUGAGGUUGAUAUAUCUCAUCUUAGUUGAAGCCUCAUUUGCUUUUGUUACAUAUUCAAGCUACUCAAUGAAGUGAUUUGUCUAUUGUACUUGGAAUUUCAUAGUUGUUUGGGUUUGAACACAAGUGUAAAUGCUUUUCCCUUAUCAUAUGUGUAUUAAUGAUGGCAAAUUGAGUCAAGACGUUGCAUUUUCUUGACGAAUCUCUCAUACAUUACAUAUUCAAGCUACCUAAUGGAGUGAUUUGCUUUUGUA